AUGAAUUUGGCAAGAUUGUUUUUUAAAUUUAAUACCCCUCUAGCCUCAUCAGCUUCAGUUGAGAGGAUGUUCAGUUACGCAACAAUGUUUGAUCUAGCUAAGUUUAAUAGACUCAACGAAAAAAAUUUUGAGAUUAGAGUUAUUAUGAAAUGUAAUGCUAGUGCUUCAAAAAUGAAAAUUUGUUGA